AAAAAUGGGAAACGGCGAAAGAAAGUCUUGGUUAUUUCAUCAAAGAUACAAUCUUACACUAUACUUUCAAGCCUACUUCUUCACAGCUUUGGCAGUGGGCCCAGUGGAGUCGUCCGACGCAUCGAGGUUACACUGGUGGAAUGCGCGAUUAUGGAAUAUCACUUUUCCAGUCGUGUGGGUAAACAGGCUUUGGUGCAAUAGCUGGGUGCUUCAUCUUGUACAACAACCCUCGCACUUCCUUCUCAGGCCCGUAAGGCGCAUACUAUCAGGGUAUAACGUGGCCUUCCUUCCUCUGGAAUGGGCUCAAAGAGUAACUUGGUCGCACUAUAAGGAUGAACCUGAAAAUGCAGCUUUACCUUCACGGGGCUCUUCCAAGCGACUGGCAUCUUCAGCUGGGCCUCCUCCCAAGGCGCAAGCUCACUUAGCGACAAGCCCAAUCCCACAGAUCCGAUACCUAGCCCAUUCGGCAUCGCAUGCACAGGGGCGAUCCACACGCAUGGAUGAGGUGCGUACCUGACUUAAAAUGCGCGGCGAGACUCUUGAGUUCCGGAAGGAGGAUAUUUCGGAACACGGUUUUCCCAGAGACGAACGCCGUCGCUCCCAAAGGCACAGGAAGCCCGUCGCCGGUCCCACCAUCAUACCGACAAAUUUACUGAGGACUAGUCGGUACAUUGAAGCCAUACCGAGAGGUCACCCUAGGCGGCGAUAAGUCAUAUAGCGCAUCGUCGAUGGCACCAGUGAUAGAAACAAUUUCCCCCAUUGACCCUAUCCUGCUGUAAUUCUCGGGGUCAGAGGCCGCUGCUCUGGUGACGGGUCGACGUUGCGAGACAUCGGAGCAUCGUACUUGUACAAAGCAUUCCGGGAUUGCAUACCACAA